CCGCCGAACGGGAAUAAAAACCGCGGUGACAAUCCCUUGUGAAAAGUGCAGUGAUCACGCGGAAGCUUACAUCGUUCGCGUUCUAUUUUUUUUUUUUUUCGUCCGCAAGUGCGUCGCCGGUCGACCCGGUUAAAAAUUAGCCCCCCAAAAAUAUUCACCGAUGAAAAACUGAAAACUGUUUUUCCAUCCGAGUGGAACGCGGAGCCUGCGUGGAGUCGGGAAAUCGGAUUCGGCGUCCGGUAUAUCGAGGUGGUCCUGCGUCUCCGAUAUAACUGCGUUGCGUGCGUGACGCGGUGUUACGUGUGCCGGGGGGUCCACGUGAAAGAAACGAUUCGGUACGAGUCGUCGUCGUCGUCGUCGUCGUCGUCGUCGGCGUCGUAACGCGGUCCCGCGGUGUUUGUUUCCCGCUCCGGGAAGGUUGAAGCGCGCACCAAUUUUCCGCGAAUCCCCCCCCGCGGACCCGCGCAGCCCCCAGCGCCGUCGCUACAACCCCUACACACAACAACCCGACGAAGCAACCCCCACUCCGAAUCGCACAACAGCCAGAGCGGAAGUAGUAGUCAGUCGGCGAGCGACCAUCCGACAUCACGGUUAGCUUCUCUCUUUGUUCUUGCUCUCGGCGAGAGGAAAGACACGAGUGAGGAGAAGAUAUUGUCGUUGCGUAGUCGCUGUCGUUGUCGUCGUUUGUUGUGUUGUCCCCUCGUUAUCGUAGCGGUCGUCGCCGACGUGGUAGUCGUGGCCCGUGCGCUCUAGCUCGUCGUCGAUUUCCCCAUCGCCAUACGUUCCACUGGCACGUUUAAUCGUCGAACGUCGCUCGAUCCUCGGUACUGCUGUAGUUUACUCGUUGUUACGUUUUACGUGAUCGAUUGGACUCGUGAUUUUACUGGGUAAACGGAUAUUUUCGCCGUUCGUUAUCAACGUGCGCCGUACCGUCGUCUGAAACGGAGUGCCGCACGUGGCCCCGCGAUCUUAAAAAAAAAAAACAAAUAAUAAAUAAAAACGUUGACCGCGUUAUAAAUUUCAUACUUUUAUAUCCGGGAAUGACUCUCGCUAAUUGCUGACCCGCCGCCGCAGUGCUCGACGAUGCAGGUGUAUGAUAAUUUAGAAAUUUUGCCGCGAGUCGUGAGUCGCUGAUUAAUAUAUAUUUAUCCAUCGUCGCAAUCGCGAGUUAAUCUAUACAGUUAACAGUUAACAGUUGUACAAGUUGCCUGCAGUUACACCACAUUUAUACAGUUAUAACAGUUUUUUUUAAACCAGUCAAUGACUCGGACACUGGGAUAGUAGUUUGAGUCAUUGCGAUUUGCGAAAUAAACGAAAAAAAAAAAACAAACAUCAAAGCCCAAAAACUAACAGGUGCGAUAAACUAAAAUCACGAAGCGCAGACUUCGACCUGUGGACAGAGAUAAAGUGUUUGAAGAAUUUUAAUGGAUGUAAUCGACGAACGUCAUCGGCGGAAGUAACGCGAAAAGGUGAAUUCAACGUCGCGCAGUAAGCACGUGAAAAGGGUAUCCAAUUGAAAAUCGCCGGGCUACCGGAAGCCGGUCUGUUAAAUAAGUUUCGCCAAACUCGAUCUUCUUCCCGUUGACACACGGCGUUGCUUCGAAAGAGAGCGAGCGAGCGAGCGAGAGAGAGAGAAAGAGAAAGAUAUAGAGAGAGAGAGAGAGAGAGUGAACGGUAUCGCUCCACGACACCCUCAGGCGGUUGUACUUGUUGAACCGGCGAAUCGGGUGACCGUUUGUGGCUAAUAACAGUUCGCUGCGGCACAACAGCUGAAUAAAAGUUUCUCUCGAAAACUUGGCGUCGAAGAGCACGUGGUACCGACGAACCCUCGAACCCUCGAAUACUUUGGGGUAGUGCCUUUGCCUUGGCUCGAGUUUAUCGGGACGCCCUUCGGUCGGUGAACCCCGAUACAGACGACCGUGACGCGAGUGGAAAGGGCGAAGGUCCCGCGGGAAGAGAGUAAAAAGGGAAGGAGAUCGGAGGCGGAGGCAGCGGAAAAGGACGGUGGUUGCGGUCGUCCUGAAGCCAGGGUAUCUAGAUUUGGGGUGGCAUCGUCACUGCAGGCGACCUCCGCCUUGGCUCCGAGUGCACAGGGCCCCGGGCCUGCUGUGGUGGGGUGCCUGGUUGGGGUGUACCCCUGCUCGUCCACGGGGCCCAGGGGCCCCGCGUCGUCUCACCUCCGGGCUAUACACUCGAUCCAAUCCGGGCAACAGCCCGGCUGCAGGGCCUGCUGCUGCGGGCACAACAACCAAACUUCGGUACCUCCGCCUCCUCCGCCGCAGGUACAGCUUACGAGUCAACGCGGCGGACUGUCGCUACGGGUAGCGAGGGUGGCGUCCACCACCUCCGUCCGAGCCGUCCCCUACGCCCACCCCCAGCACCAGGGACUGGGGCAAGAGUGCAGGUGUAGGGAGGAGACGGGCGCAGUGGGUGGAGGUGGUGCGCACAUCCUCGGCAGCCCGAUGCUGUUCGUCCCGUUUACGGUGCCCACCUUCCCUGCCGCCACGCAUCCGACAUCGCAUCAGAACUCCCACCAGAAUUCGCACCAGACAACGCAUCAGGUGCAGCAACAACAUCAGCAACAGCAACAGCAGCUGGCCAACAGCCAGACUGGCCAACAGCAGAGUCAGAUUAACCACCUCAACUUGAAUCACCUGAAUCACUUGAACCAGGUUUUACCCCAAGGUUCCGCGCAGCAGCCGAUUCACAGUACGAGCUGUUCGCCGCAGCAGCAAGCCGCGACACCGAACAAGGAAAUGAAAGUCAACUGGGCGACGUCUCCUGGUAAUCAGCCGAAACAAGACACAAGUAAACACUAUCACAUAUUCGUCGGUGACCUGAGUCCCGAGAUCGAAACGCAGACGCUGAGGGAAGCCUUCGCCCCUUUCGGGGAGAUCUCAGACUGCAGAGUGGUGAGGGAUCCGCAAACGCUAAAGUCGAAAGGAUAUGGAUUCGUCUCCUUCGUUAAAAAAGCGGAAGCGGAAAGCGCCAUCGGCGCGAUGAACGGUCAGUGGCUCGGCAGUCGCAGCAUUCGCACAAACUGGGCGACCCGCAAACCACCGGCGCCCAAGUCUGAAGCAAACUCUAAGCCGCUGACUUUCGACGAAGUUUAUAAUCAGAGCAGCCCGACAAACUGCACCGUAUACUGCGGAGGUCUUACCAAUGGUCUCACAGAGGAAUUAAUGCAGAAGACAUUCUCGCCGUUCGGCUCCAUCCAGGAAAUCCGGGUCUUCAAGGACAAGGGAUACGCGUUCGUCAGGUUUUCAACGAAGGAAUCGGCGACGCACGCCAUAGUGGCGGUCCACAACACGGACAUAAACGGGCAGACGGUGAAAUGCAGCUGGGGAAAGGAGAGCGGAGACCCGAAUAACGCGCAGCAAACGGGACAGACGCUGACCUCUGCAACGUAUCCCUACUAUGCGGCGGCAGCGGCAGCGGCUGCGGCAGCGGCGGGCGUCGCGGGUGUCGCGGGCGUUGGUAGCGUAGGGGGUGUCGGAGGUGCGGGUCAACUCGGGUAUUGGUACCCACCGCAAUCCUAUCAAACAACGGCCACUCAGAUGCAGGCAGCCGGGGGUUUUCUUCCAGGAAUGCAGGGCUACACCUACGGGCAAUUCGCCGGUUACCAACAGGCGCAGUACAUGGGGAUGGGAAUGGGAGUCCACGCCGCAGGUACGGCCGCGGGAUGGGGUCAGGGUCUUCCCGGUGGACCUCAGCUACCCCCGCAUCACGCAACCACAGUCUCGGCACCCCCGGGAGUCCAAGCUGCGGCUCCACCUCCUCCACCACCCGCGCAGAUGAUGGCCUACCCCAUGCAACAGUUCCAGCUAGCGGAUGAGGAUUGGCUGGCGCCUAGUCUUCUAGUGUGAUGGUAAACACGCACUCGCCAGCGACACCACUGCUACGUCACUUCCGGUUUGAGCCCCUCCCCCUCCCCCGCAAUAGGUAUACCCGGCGACGAAGACUACGCGGGAUAAAAUCUUCACCCCCGGAGUCCGAUAGCGACUGCGUUUUGGUCCCGGUGACCCUCGUGACCCCUGAAGAAAUUCGUCUACUCGGGAUAACCUUGACGAGGACGGCUUCACGACGGCUACCUGCACAAGGCUGCUGCGAAAAGACUGGCUGGCUGGCUGCUGACGCACCAAAUGAUACCAACGGACAUUAUAAUUUUAUUGAAACUAUUAAAAAAAGAAAAAGAAAAAGUAAAAAAAAUGCUGAACAUGCGUUGUUUGUGAUGAUAUUAUACUAUAUUAUAUUAUACUAUAUCAUAUUAUAUUAUACUAUAUUAUAUUAUAUUAUAUUAUAUAUAAACAAGUUUAUUGAUAACGGGACGCAUAAUGUAUAUGCGGAUAUAUUAUAUACAUAACGUACGCACACAUAAGCUAGUCUAUCAUCACGGGACGCAGUGCUGCAGCGCCUAGUGCCUAUUUACAUCUUCGGACGUUCUGACCUCGACUUUUUUCCAACUUCGAUGCCCGACGCAUAAUACGCGAUAUGGGCAGUAAAAUUGCAACAAAGCUGCGGAUGGUCGUGUAGCUUUCAGUCGAGGCGAGCACUUCGCACAAGCUUGGACCGCGGUUGCCCGUAUCGGAAAUCACCUGGGAAACGCACGCUAUAAAAUGCAUCGUAUAAAAACGCUAGAUUCAAGGUUCGAGAAAAAGUUUAUAUCAUCUCGGUCUAUACAUCUCAUGUCGUAAAGCGAGGGAAAAUAAUUUUCAAUUUAAGAAGACGAAGAAGCUUGCAAAUCGUUCCCCCGCUCACUGUCCCAAGUGCCACAACAACAAGAAAAUAUAUCGGUAUAUAUGCAUACGUGUGCAUAUAUACAUAUACCGCUGUUUUAAAUAUGUAAAAUGUUGUAGCUAGGUAAAGAACAAAUGUUUCACAAUUUUUGAUGAACGGUACUUUUGACAUUCUAUUUGUAUAUUAUACACCUAUCUGGAUAAUAUUAGUGUUCCAACAAUUGCGAGAUAACUUUUGACGAGGCGUCACAUUAGAUCAGCGAAAGAGUCGAGGGGGUAAGGUUGGUUACAACAUUCAAAAUUUAUCAAAUUUGAUAUCGUGACGCGAACUCUUGAUGAUUACCAUAAUAAGUAAUUUAUCAAGUCGGAAUCAACUCGAGAAUCCAAAAUUUUGUUUUCACUCCUCGGUCUGACUUGAAAAUAAUUUUUGCCCCUUGCUGCUACAUGCUGUCGUCAAUUCAUUCCAACAUCAAAUAGAACAGAAUACAAGAAACGAACAUGAACGCCGGCACUGCAGACCUUUGUUACUAGCAUAUGUGCGAGUAUUAAAACAUAUAUAUAUACUAUAUUACACGCGUAAUAGGUAUGUAAAAACAAAUACAAAUAAAUAAAUAAAUAAAGAAUAAAUAGACAACAAAAAAACCGUGCGUAUUGAAAACCAAUAUAGUUAGGUGGUUAGUUAGUUGGUUAGCUGGUUAGUUGGUUCGGUGGUUGGUUUGUUGGUUAGUUAGUUUAGUUAGUUAGUUAGUUAGUUACAGUCAGGCAGUUAGUUAGUUACUUAGAUAGUUAGUUAGUUAUGUAUUAUAAUAUACAACUAUUGGAGUGCGGGGGAAUUCAAAGCUGAAACAAGUGCAAUACAAAAUGGAGACAGGGACGUCCCCUAGAUUCUUUUGUCGUUUUAAUAACAGAAUUUGCAAAAAAAAAAAUCGAUGGAAACCGCUUCAAUGCUACGAAAAAACGACACCAAUAAUGAUGAUGAUGAUGAUGAUGAUGAUAGUAAUAAAAAUGAUUUAACGACAAGAAUAUAUACAAAAUUCCCAAAGAUGUACAGUUUAUCAUUAUACGUCAUUAUUAUUACUAUUAUCAUUUGCUGCCAGACUCAAAACGACAAACGAAAUAAAAACUGGAGGAAGUAUCUGUAUAUUAUUCCAAAUUUGAAAUAUCUGAAUAAUAUCGCUCACGUCCGGCAGGUACAGCGCGUAUUCGCGCUCUCAAUACCUUCUAAUAAUAUACCUGUACGUAGACAGAAGAUAUUUACGCUUAUUUUUGUAAUGCAAUAGUUGAAUAAAUUCCGGCGUGCAGCAAAUGAGACAAAAUCCAAAAAACACAAAGCAAAGAAAUGCCGAUCAAACGAAACGAAAUAUGACGAGGUAAAAUAAUCAAAUUCGAGUCGUGUGCGCCUGCCGCAGUGAAAAAUAUUGUGUUAUAAAUUCAUGAAAUUAUGAUAUUGAUUGGAGAAAAAAGGGGAAACAAAUUAAUACGAUAAACGAACGAAAUGAAGAAAAUUAACGAGCUCCGAAGCGUCUCUGAAUUUCUCCGCGCUCUCCUAACUGAACGGAAGAAAAAAUAAAAGGAAGAAAAAAAUAAAUUAAAAUAAAACGAAAAAAAUGAGAAAAUUGACAAAAAAAAAAAAAAUAAGAAAAAAUGGAAAAA